AUGCAUAAGCAGAAUGGUUUCUGCGCCCGUUGUGGGCAUUAUCUUCUGCUGCCACCCGACUUUACGGCUGAGCAGAAGACUGCAGCCAUGGAACUGCAUGCCCUUGACUGGUGCCCAAGGGCAUGCGCAGCGGUAAUGAAAGAACGACAGGUGAAACGCCGCCGUUUGAAUCUUGUGGGGAGAGAAGAGGACACCCACCACCUCUUCGUUCCAGGCCAAUAA